CGGGUCCAAGACAAACAUGUCCGCCACCCGUUUGAUGAAUUUCCCCAAAGAAAUUCGCUCAUAAAAUUUGCAAUCUUUAUUCAUUACGCGAAGUCUUCGGCGAGAUCAGUCUUCAGCGAGAUCAACCGAUCACAAAAUCCCGCGGUGCACGGUGACGUGCGUGUGCCAGACGCCCAUCGCCGGCUACUAGCACAACGUGACUGUGGUGUGGAGCAAGAACAUCAUGGUGAACUCGAUCUGCAUCUCCGUGGAGAGCGAUCAAGUCAGCACGUGCAAGCUCGAGCUUAAACCCUGGCAUUUCUGGGCAAGAAAAGGCUACAAAACUUUCAUGGUCGAUGGGAACCAGCUCGAGCUCUAUUGGGAUUUCCGAUCAGCCAAAUUCUCCGGCCCCGAGCCGAAUAAAGACUUCAACGUCGCGUUAGUCUUCGACGAGGAGCUCGUGUUGUUGCUCGGCGACAUGGAGAAGAAGGCACAGAAUUCGUGUCUGCUGACUGCUGCUGCUUCAAUACUGUCCCUCCGCACCACCAAAUCAUAUCACACAUGUACACCUCCAAUUUAUUUCAAGAAAUUGGUGUAAAAAUAGUAAAUUGUUGAUGCAUGGUUAGAGAGAUGCAUACGAAGUGUGCGGUGCAUCAGCUCCAAUGGAGGACGAGGUUGGUCAUUUUAAUGGUACAAGAGUUCACCGGCAUCCCCGCCGCCUCCUUCUUCGGCAGCUCCCCCUAAUCGCGGCGACUCGAUCUAUUCUCCGUCGGGGGCCGACGAUGAUCUGAGCCGGUGGAA